AAAAGGGAGUCAAAUAAAGGGAAGAAACAGUCAAAUGUGACCUGGUUGAAGAGGGACCUGGAUGGACUGCGUGUGGUUUCCUCUAAACGAACAAAAAAAGGAUCAUCUGUUGGAACUUCUCCAAGCACUCCCAUUUUAGACUCACCUUGUGCCAGCCACCAAGAUCCUGACUUUAAUCUUCAGAGGCUCCAGGAUCUUAUUAGUGAAUCAGAGGGCAUUGGGGUUCAAGAUUCACACCAACAGGCAUCGACAGCUUGGGGUCAGAGACAGGGGGUUGUUCAACGAUGUUGGCAAGAAGCAAGGCCCCAGAACAUCAACAACCUCCUGUCAUCAGAACACAUUUCUCCAAGAAAAUGCCAGCACUGCCACUUUGGAGAAGCAGUCAUUUGUUGUGGGGAGUGCAUGCCUUUGGAAUGGUUUUGUUCAGAAUGUGACUGCAGUUUCCAUCAAAAUCACAUUCUACACAACCGGAAAACCAUCAUAAACGGGUUUUAUGAAUACAUUUCCCCAAAUAAAUGUGUGAAAAGACAUGAAGGCAAAAAUAUCAUCUGUGAACAAGAUUGUUUGCUGCCACUAAGUCUUCCAGAGAUCUGUUCCUGUGAGGCUUCAGAUCUUGUGGUCUCUGCUGGCAGGGCCAUCAUUCUUAUUUGUAUUAAUGGCCGUUAUGAUCUUAAACUUCCAUUGCUCCUCUGCAAAAAUUGCAGCAAGCAAUGGACACCAGAUAUGAAAGAGAUGGUGAAAAGUGGUUACUGGCCUGCCACCAUGCAGGCACAGACCUUGUUGCAGGAAGAUCUGUUCCACUCUUUCGAGGCCAUGAAAACUGCUGCUCCAGGAAUGUCCAGACAAGCUUUUACAGCAAUGCUGGACCAACGGACAAAACAUUUCGGAAGAACUGGCCAAGUUAAUUCUGAUGUGUUUCAAAGAAGCUUCCUGCAGUACAUCUACUGCAACUCCGAGGCGAACCACCUGCUUGGAGAGGCCCCUCUUGUCUGCCCUGCUUGUAGUCCAGAUAUGGUGGCUAUCUGUGUUGAUGGCACAACCCGUUGCAUGAAACUUCCAAGACUGGUUAACCUACCCGAGGGCGCAAAGGGAGAGGACGCGUGCGCCUUCUUAGAAAACUGGCUACCUGAAGCUCUGAACUUGGCACCGUCACGCAGUGCUCUGAUACUGGAGAGAGCGCAUCGGGUCGGCCAAAAGAGUACAUCAAACAUCGCUGCACCAAGGACUCUCAUCAUGAAGUUCUUAAAUUACAAGGAUAAAACGACUGUGAUGAGAGCCUCCAGGGCAAAGGGACAGAUUCUCUUCGAGAACAACCUGGUGAGAUUCUACGAGGACCUCGCAACCGGCGUGCACAAAAAACAGAACAAGAGUUUGAUGCUGUGA